AGAUCGUAAUGUGGGAUGCGUCAAGUGUCGACAUUCGAGUAGCGAGGAAAGAAGAAGGUGGAAAGCAAAAUGGGGCGGUGGUGGCUGAAGGUUGCGGUGGUGGUGGCGAUAGUGGCGGCGUUAUGGAGAACCUGGAAUUCGAACGGAUCAUGGGAUAAGGAAGCAGCGCUGAAAUGGAUGAGUGAAUGGUCAGAGAGAUUGGGGGUUUGGGCAAUUCCUCUCUUCAUCUCCCUCCACACUCUCUCCAUCGCUCUCUGUUUGCCUUCUGCUAUCUUCCUCGAAACCGGCGCUUCCAUCCUCUUCGGCUUCUUCCCUUCCGUUCUCUGUGUCUUCUCCGCCAAGAUCCUCGCCGCCUCUCUCUCCUUCUGGAUCGGCAGGUUAGUGUUCCGAAAUUCGACCUCAGCAAUGGAUUGGGCUCGAAGAAACAAGUAUUUUAUUCUCCUUUCUAAAGGAGUUGAGCGAGAUGGGUGGAAAUUUGUUCUUCUUGCCCGCUUCUCGCCGGUUCCGUCUUAUAUCAUUAACUAUACCUUAGCUGCUACUGAAGUUGGGUUCGUCUUGGAUUUUCUUCUUCCCACCAUCAUUGGAUGUGUCCCUAUGAUCUUGCAGAAUACAUCCAUUGGAAGCCUUGCAGGUGCUGCUUAUGCUACAGCCUCUGGCUCUAAGAAAUCUCAAAUUUGGUCUUACGUUUUUCCUAUGGUUGGAAUUUUAUCUAGCAUACUUAUUUCUUUGAGGAUUAAAAAGUAUUCAACCCAAGUUUCAUUAGACAAAAGUAACACUGUAGAUUAGUGACAAAACUUGUCUGGUAGCAAAAAAGAAGGAGUGUCUUCUUAGAAGUGUCAUCAUUUUUUUCGUGUUAGUGUUAACAUUAGAUAUGCUUUUUGUUCCUCUGAGUUUUCUUAUGACUUUGAUUUUUCAUUCAGACUGGAAGUUGAGAGGGGAAGGAAUGUGAUAUAUUUACGCUGUUUAUUUAGCAUUAUAAAAUUUUUGAAUUCUAUUAAAA